AUGGGCUUCCCUGAAAGGUGGAUUAAUAGGGUGAUGAGUUGUGUUACAACACCAUCCUUUUCAGUCCUUGUUAAUGGCAAACCGUAUGGCAGUAUCAAACCCUUUAGAGGGAUCCGUCAAGGUGACCUUCUUUCACCAUAUUUGUUUUUGUUAUGUACAGAAGGUUUUACUUCUCUAUUGGCUAAGGCUGAGUUGGAAGGAAUGAUUCAUGGGGUAUCAGUUUGUAGAAGAGCACCCAAAAUCUCUAACCUGUUAUUUGCAGACAACUCACUACUAUUUUACUGGGCAACUCAGAUGGAAGUGCAGGUUGUUACUGAGAUUCUCCAAACUUAUGCUAAAGCUUCGGGUCAGAGCAUAAAUUUGGAGAAAUCUUCAGUGUAUUUUAGCCGUAAUACCCCACACAACUAG